AUGGUGCCACUGCACUCCAGCCUGGGUGACAGAAAGAGAUCCUGUCUCGAAAACAAAAGUAACUUAAAAACAUUUUGGCUUUGAUUAGUUUAUGCUGAAUCUAAAGAUUGGGGUAAAAGGCAACAUGAUCCAAGUUUCUUCCCAUAAAUCACCAUGGGUCAGACUUUUGGAAGACAGCUGUAGUAGUAACAUCACCACCUGCCUGCACAUCCUAAACCACAGAUUCCUCCAUGAAAAGAACUGUGUGCAAAAGCUGAUGUCAUUUGCCAACAGGCUUACAGUCAUCAAAUCUCACUGAAAACUUCCUCACACCUUAAAUCCUAAUUCUUAAAUAUCAUGAGUCUUAGGAGUUUUAGAAGAAACGUAAUGAGUAUAAUUCACUCUACAAGAUAAUUUUAGGACUUGGUACAGUGGAAGGGCAACUGCUGGUGUGGGUGUGCCAUGACACCAGGAUAAUUUUUUUUUGGUAGAGAUGGAGGUCUCACCAGCUGGGGCUGGUCUGGAAUGAUUCUAGGUGUGAACUGCUGCACCCAGCCUUAAGUGGUUAUCUUAUCCUAAACCUACAUAACUUAAAAUUUUUUUUAAAAUUUAUUAAACAGGAGCGAUCGUUUCCUGGUCCUCGCCUCCUCCGCGGUCUCCCUGGAGUUCUUGCAAGGCGGCCAGGGUGUCUCAGGCUGAGUUUGAGAAAGCUGCAGAGGAGGUUAAGCACCUUAAGACCAAGCCAGCCGAUGAUGAGAUGCUGUUCAUCUAUGGCCGCUACAAACAAGCAACCGUGGGUGAUGUAAAUACAGAACGGCCCAGGAUGUUGGACUUCACGGGCAAGGCCAAGUGGGAUGCCUGGAAUGAGCUGAAAGGGACUACCAAGGAAGAUGCCAUGAAAGCUUACAUCAACAAAGUAGAAGAGCUAAAGAAAAAAAUACGGGAUAUGAGUGACUGGAUUUGGUUAGUAGGCCAUGUGUUUCUCCUAAACUGAGACAAUGCCUUGUUUUUUCUAAUACCGUGGAUGGUGGGAAUUCCGGAAAAUAACCAGUUAGCCCAGCUACUCAAGGCUGCUCAUCAUACAGCUCUAACAGAUUAGAGGCUAAAACGAUCACUGACCUUCCUUGAGUAGUUUUUACAUCAAUUAAAAGUGUAUUUGUUACUUUAAAAAUAUAUAUAUAUUAAACAUUUAAAUCUCCCUCAUUUGUCAAACACUGAUAUAAGUACUUUACAAAAUAUCAAUAUAGGCAGGCUCACUUUAAAAUAAGGAAAUAGGUCCGGGCGCGGUGGCUCAUGCCUAUAGUCCCAGCAGCACUUUGGGAGGC